AUGGCUGUAGGUGACUACGAGGAAAUUUUCAAGUACUAUGAAUUACGCGAAACAAUUGGAACAGGUGGGUUUGCAAAGGUAAAACUUGCGCAACAUCUUCUCACUGGUGAAAAAGUUGCAAUAAAAGUCAUGGACAAACUUGCUCUCGGGGAUGACUUGCCUCGUGUUAAAAUAGAAAUCGAUGCCAUGAAGAACUUAAAUCACCAGCAUAUUUGCCAGUUGUAUCAUGUGAUAGAAACAUCCAAGAAAAUAUUCAUGGUUUUAGAGUACUGUUCUGGAGGAGAGCUGUUUGAUUACAUAAUUUCUAAGGACCGCCUUUCAGAAGAGGAAGCUCGUGUGUUUUUUCGCCAGAUUGUUUCAGCAAUUGCUUAUGUUCACAGUCAAGGCUAUGCCCACAGGGAUCUCAAACCAGAAAAUCUGCUGAUCGACGAGGAGCAUAAUUUGAAGCUGAUAGACUUUGGACUGUGCGCGAAGCCAAAGGGUGGCCUUGAUUACCAUCUGAACACAUGCUGUGGAAGCCCAGCUUAUGCAGCACCAGAGCUGAUUCAGGGCAAAGCAUAUAUUGGCUCAGAGGCAGAUAUAUGGAGCAUGGGGGUACUACUGUAUGCUCUACUGUGUGGCUUUCUCCCCUUUGAUGACGACAAUGUCAUGGCUCUCUACAGGAAGAUAAUGAGAGGAAAAUACAGUAUUCCAAAGUGGCUCUCUCCUAGCAGUACGCUACUGCUUAACCAAAUGCUGCAGGUGGACCCCAAGAAGCGGAUUACGGUUAAACAUCUCUUAAGUCACCCGUGGCUCAUGCAAGGUUACUCUGAUGCUGUUCAGUGGCAAAGUAUAUACCCACUGGGACAUCUUGAUGAAGACUGCAUAACAGAGCUUUCUGUGUUUCAUAAACAGAGUGCAGAGACCAUAUUGAAAUUGAUAUCAGAGUGGAAAUAUGACCAAAUGUCAGCCACAUAUCUUCUGCUUCAGUCUAAGAAGGCUCGUGGCAAGCAUGUUUGCUUAAGGGUUCCAUGUCUAACUGGGCAUGCCAGUACAACACAGUCAUCAGGCCUCGAGUCUGAAAAACCUGUGACAUAUGAAGACAUGCCAGACUGCAGUGAAGUGCCUCAUGCGUUUGGAUCCAUGGAAUUUUCUGAUACAGAUUCACUGCUUGAGCAGUCUUCGUUAGAAGAGUUUUUUCUAAAUUCUCACAGAACAAAGCAACAUUCAAGGCAUGAUGCUCAACUAGAUGGUAUGGACUUCACACUGUCAACUCCAGUGGAAAGAAACGUGGCAUCAAAGAAGCAUGAAAACAAAGAGAAUGUUGAUACAGAGUUAGCUCUAAGAAAUGAAAUCCCCUUUGCAAUUCCUGCUCCAAAGACUCCUCUUGUGAACAGUUGGAAUGAGGCACCACCAGUACAAACCACACCCUUACAGGCAUCUGCCUUGGAAG